AUCUUGCUUGCUGCAUUGUUAGGUCUGGCAGGCUGGCUGAUGAUUUGAUAAGGAUCAGCGUCUCUAAAAGCUACAGUUAGCUAACAAGCUGAAGAGGCGUUAACUGCUUUAAGUGGCUUUACACCAGGCAGGGUUCCCACAUAAAGGGGUAGAAAAUCACACUAACGACCUAAGACCUCGAUAACCGAGAGAAUGUCGCAGCUUACGCGUCGAAAUGAGAAGAGGUUCUUCCUGUGUCGACAAAUGUGCUUCUCCGGCAAAUAAUACUGUUUUAUAUACCCGAAAUGCGCAAGAACGUAAACGGACUACCGACAAGCUUAAUAUCAACAACGUGAUUUUCAGUCUGACUGACUGAAACAAGCAGAUUAUUUUUUCAGGCUGUAUUUCUCGUUCUGCAUGUGAUUUCUAGGAACAGACAACCCUUCUUUGAGUGACUUUGAUGCAUGUAGUUAAGUAGACUGGUGCCACUGCUAUAGUUUCCUGGCAGCCUCUUAAUGUUUUCCCCUCCUGCUGUGACCGAGCUCCUGGGAGCGUCGUUAUUGAUCGCGGAAGUUUUGCGGACUUGAUCAGACUCGAGUUUGGCGAAACCCUAAACUCCGUGACGGGGAGGGUAAUCAGAGAAGCUGAAUACCGUUUGGCAAUGCUGCAAGAAGGAAGGUCCGCACAGUGCGAGUUUGUCCGCCGAUUCGCCGACUUUAGAAGUAAAAAGCAUUAAAAAAUACAUGCCGUGUCUGAGGACGGGCUUUGAUAUUGUCUUGUAAAACGAGAGUCUGAGACAUGCUGUCGUACCCCAGCCACCCUUCUAUGGGGGUCUUGCACAGAAUGGGAUACCUGAAGAUCACCCAAUAAACAAUGAUAAAUGUGCGUCGCCAGGCCCGUGCUCUGUAUCUUUGUAGUAACAUUACUCAUUGGGGGCAUAACCUACAGCAGAUGCAAGUGUAACUACUCAGAGAUACUCAGCGCCUACAAAGCGCUGAUUCUCAUUGAGCUGCAGAACCUGAAUCUGACCAGCAUUUACACUACAUCCAAAGAAAAGGACCGAUGUCCUUCAGCAAAGGUGCAGCACAUCUUACGGUCGAUCUACGGCAUGACGCAGCUGUUCAAGUGCCAAAGUAAACGAAGGGAAAAGCAGGAAGUCGGGAAGGUGGUGGAGAAAAUGGAGCAGUUAUUAAGAGAGAACUGCAAACAGGCUGAUCUGGUGAAAAGAUCAAAGCGUGAAAUUUGCAGGAUGGGCCCGAAGAGGAAAAAGAAGAAGAAGAAGAAGAAGAAGAUCAUUGAGAGUUUGGUCCUCUGCUGGCAGAAGCUGCAGGCUGUGUAUGUGCCAAAGCCAAAGAGGAGAGCAUGAAGGACCAGCCAUCUGAAUGCUCCAGAUGCUCUCCUUCUCCAGUUCUUUAGCUAAGAAGAGGGUCACCUAACUAACAUCUAUAAAUAAAUGUACUAUUUUCUAUAUAUCCAGUGCAUUUGAUUGUCAUAGCAACCGUAGAGGAAUUGUUUGAAUGUACACACAAUAUAUGAAUGUAUGUGAACAUUAAUGUUGUACAGAUCACUCUAAGCAAAUAAUUCAAUAAGUAUAUUUAAUGUGUGUAACAGUUGGGUAAAUAUCUUGUAUUGAACUAAAACAAACAUGUGAGAUUUGUUCUAGUGGAAACACAUUAUAUUCAGUCUAUUAACCAGUAUAUAACAUAAUAUAUAAUAUGAAGAUUAAUAAUAUAUAAAGUGAGUUUAAAAUAUCGGGUAGAGUUGAUGUGUAUUAAAACAAUACUGUGUAGUGCAUAUUUUUGUUACAAACAUUGAGAGUACAUGUUUAAAGUGGCAUCCUGUUGAUGUAAGCAAAUAUAUUUUAAAAGCUAUAUAAACAAUUAACAUCUAAGGAGAAUGUGCUUUAUUAAUCAUGCGAUUAAACUAAAAUAAGAAAUUUGAAGAUAAUAUUGAACCUAGGAAAGGAAGCCGUAUUGCAGACUGCUCGGAACCAAUCUACGCUGGGUGUUGUCUGCCUCUUAUAGGGGACAAAAAUUAAAGACGGACCUAUAAACAGAAACGCGUAGUUAAGGGUGUGUUACAACGAAGCAAAGUCAUGGCAGAGGGGGACAUGGACCCGGAGUUAGCAAGACGGUUGUUUGAGGAAGGAGCCACGCUGGUGCUGCUGGGGGUACCCGAAGGCACCGAGCUGGGCAUCGACUACAAGAGCUGGCAGGUCGGCCCGCGUUUCCGAGGGGUCAAGAUGAUCCCUCCCGGGCUCCACUUCCUGCACUACAGCUCGGUUUGGAAGGAUGGAGAGACAGGCCCUCGCAUGGGGCUCUUCCUGUCACUGCAGCCUCGUCAGGUCCUGCUGGCCCACUGGGACGCCAAGGAGGAGGACCUUAAGUUUUCCGACGACGAGGAGGAGAUGGGGCGUGUUGCGGCCGGCCUGCGGGACCUGGACCCCUUCCUGGGGCCAUACCCGUACGAGAUCAUGCGCAAGUGGGUCUCCCUGACCGACCGGCUGACCUUCGAGGUGGCCAGCGGCCUGCAGCCCCUCAGCGGCAGAGUCUGCUCCUUCAGUGACGUGGUGCCGGAGCUGCGGCUCCCGCUCACCAAGGACCGGGAGGAGCAUAACCUGCCCCGCAACGACACCGAGUGCCAGAGCAUGCAGGAGGGCCUGGACCGGCUCCCCCGGAUGAAGCAACAGGCCGGCACAGAGCUGCGUUUCUCCCACAUCCCCAAGCAGACGUACCCGCCGGGGGCCACGCCGGCACAGAUUACGCAGUUUAGCAUGGACUGCAGCUACGCGCUAGAGCGCCUACUAGAGGCCAACUACAAAGAUAACCCCCUGCAUGUCCUGGGCGAGCUGCAGUUCGCCUUUGUCUGCUUCAUCAUCGGUAACGCCUAUGAGGCCUUUGAGCACUGGAAGCGGCUGGUGGCUCUUCUGUGUCGCUCGGAGGAGGCAGUGCGGGCUCGCAGCCCCCUGUACCUGGGCCUCAUCGCCGUGCUGUACCGCCAGCUGGCCGAGAUCCCGCCCGACUUCUUCGUGGACAUCGUGUCGCAGCAGAACUUCCUGACCAGCACACUGCAGGACUUCUUCCAGUUCACCAGCGGCCCCGAGGUGGACGCCGUGCUCCGGAAGCGGGCGGAGGGCUUCAAGGCCCACCUGACCAAAAAGUUCCGGUGGGAUUUCGAUGUGGACCUUGAGGACUGCGCCCCGGUGGUGGUGGAGCUGCCUGAAGGGGUCGUCUUGGACUGAGUCCAGCCGUCCGUCGGCAGCGGCCGUGACAGGAACAGGAGGCCUAGGAGCAUCCCACAUUCCAGAGUAGCACUGGCGAGGGUGGAGGGUGCGGCACGCCUGCAGUGCGCGGUCCAUGCAGCCUGAUAGGAAUUCCCCUCUGACUUUGCUUCCUUACUGGAAACUUCUGGGUCUUUUCCAGGGAACUCCAACAGACCGUGACGCAUUUUCACCCACAGGGUCAUGCAACCGCCAUGUUCAACAAUGUGCAACAGUUAGACGCUUUUACAGCACUUAUGGUAUUUCUGAUAAGCAACCAGAAAGCAAAGACUCAUGCAGUGAGCAUGUGCAGGCCUCACUGGCUCUGCAAUCAGAUUGUAUAAGUUUUAAUACUUAAAAGUAACACUGAAUUCAUAUAUCUCUGCUCCUUAACUUCUGAUCAGACUUUGAAUAAAAUAUUUGGUAAGUUA